AUGGCAAGCGGGAGUGGCGCACGGAUGGAGCGAGGUUACGUCUUCGGAUUCUGUUGCCUGGUUCUGUUGGACCCAGGGCGGGUUUGGACCAGGGCUCCCAGCACCCAGGAUCCUGAGCUGGAGGGGCAGGUGGAGAGUCAUGAUAACACCAGCUGGGCUCCCACCUUGGAGGACACCGUGGUGGCCCCCACUGAGGCUGUGCCAGGUGGCGACCGGUGCCGUGGUUACUACGAUGUCAUGGGGCAAUGGGACCCUCCAUUCAAUUGCAACUCAGGGAUCUACCGGUACUGCUGUGGGACCUGCGGUUACCGCUUCUGCUGCCAGUUCAACCAUGGGCGGCUGGACCAAAGUGGAUGCUCCAAUUACGACACCCCCAACUGGGUCAACACAGGCCAGCCGCCGGCCCGGGUGGAUGAGACCCCCGAGGAUCCUACCCGAGACAAGACCAACAUGAUUGUAUAUAUCAUCUGUGGCGUGGUGGCCAUCAUGGUGCUGGUGGGCAUCUUCACCAAGCUGGGCCUGGAGAAAUCACGGAGCCCCCCGACAGAGAUGACCAUGUCCAGAACACUCACAGACUUACUGAAGCAGCCAGGCCAUGGCCCCUCUGACCACAUGACUGACGGCCACAUGGGCAGCAUCCAGGUCCAGAUGGGUGACGGGCUUGCCCGGAGCUCCCCCAGAAAUGGCACAGAAUCUUUCUUUGCAUUUCCAGACAAUAUGCACUUGAAUAACGCUGUGGUCAGCACCCCUAUCGCCCCCCAGAUGGGGCUGCCACAUGCCCACAGCAACCGGCUGCAGAUGACGAGCACCAUGCCCCAUCAAGCUCCGGACUACGCCAAGUAUGCCACGCUCAAGGCCGUAGAGAGCGCACCGGAAGAAUUCUACAAGCGGUUUCCCAUGGUAGACAUGCCUCCGCCUGGUCCUUUGUCCUUCCCACCCAUGGGGCUGCAUCAGAAAGACAUGCCUCCCCUGCACGACAGCUGUGCCUUGGUUGGCUUGGCUACACCUGGGCAGAAGGCCAAAGUGGUGAAAACCAACACCCACCCAUUGGUGGCCAGCCCUGCCUUCAAGGGAGGCUGGGACCCCAGCCAUCACCACCCCCCUGAUGUCCGCCGACAGAUCUAUGCCAACAAGCGCCAGUUCAGCGUCGAGAAGCUGCCGGAGGUCUUCAGCCAGACGCCCACUCACUAUGUCCAGCCCUCGCGACCCUUCUCCACCAAUAGCAAGACUGAGGUCACUGUCUAA